GCCUCAUUUCCCUCCGCUGUGAUCGACAUCGCUUUCCGUCCAAUCAAAGCGCCCGGCACCGCUCCCGCCAGCCAAUCACCGUCGUACGUGGAUCUUAACCCCGUCGAGCACGCUGCGGUGCGCCUCUGUUAUGUGUGCCAUGGUCUCAGCCCAGCAGUGUUGACAAUAGGGUGACAAGAAACAGCCCCGAAUCAGAAACCGAGCUGAGGAAAGCACCAAAUUACAAGGGGGUUUGGGGAAGACGAGCAGUUGAAUCAGUAACAGGAAUGUAAUUGCGUGAAUAUAAUCGUUUUAUAUAGCCGUGUUUUGUUAUUCAUGGGAGUUUGAGGAUUAUUCCGUUGGAAGGAAAAAAAAGGUACUCGUGGGUUUGGCUGUUUCAGGCCAGAUUUUCCUGCUGUUCCGCCGCUGCUGCUGCUUGGGGAAGGCUGCACCGAGCUGGGAGGUAGCCUAACCGGUUAGCCCGUUAGAUUGUCCAAAAACAUAGGAUAACUCCUCGCCGCCGUCUCCGUUGCAAAACCGCAAAAGGAUCAAGGUAAAGUACCACGAUUGGAGGGGUAACAGCAUCUCGGUCGGCUGCAUCAGCUUGUCGGGCUCGGGUCGGGACUCGGGACGGUGUGUGUGUUCCAGUCUUUGGGCGCUAGCUAACGGUAGCAGCAUUAGCACUGCCCCUGUAUUUACAUCUGGGAUGAUGGGUGAUCGCCCAAGCCCGCCCAGCAGGGCUAUGUCCUCGGCAGCCACCACGUCUCCAUCUGUGGACAAAGUGGAUGGAUUUUCACGGAAGUCUGUCAGGAAGGCCAAGCAGAAGCGGUCGCAGAGUUCGUCCCAGUUCCGCUCUCAGGGCAAACCCAUAGAGCUCACGCCCUUGCCACUGCUUAAGGACGUGCCGGCGCCGGAGCAGCCGGAGCUGUUCCUGAAGAAGCUGCAGCAGUGCUGUACUGUCUUUGACUUCAUGGACACGCUGUCGGACCUCAAGAUGAAGGAGUACAAGCGCUCCACGCUCAACGAGCUGGUGGACUACGUGACCGUCAGCCGGGGCUACCUGACAGAGCAGGCCUACCCCGAGGUCGUCAAAAUGGUGUCUCACAACAUAUUCCGGACCCUUCCGCCCAGUGACAGUAAUGAGUUUGACCCUGAGGAAGAUGAGCCCACGCUCGAGGCCUCCUGGCCGCACUUACAGUUGGUAUACGAGUUCUUCAUCCGGUUCUUGGAGAGUCAGGAAUUCCAGCCCAGCAUUGCCAAAAAGUACAUAGACCAGAAGUUUGUCCUACAGCUCUUGGAGUUGUUUGACAGCGAGGAUCCUCGGGAGAGAGACUACCUGAAGACAGUCUUGCAUAGAAUCUACGGCAAAUUCCUGGGGCUGAGGGCUUUUAUACGAAAACAGAUCAAUAAUAUUUUUCUACGUUUUGUUUAUGAGACGGAGCACUUCAACGGGGUGGCUGAGUUGCUGGAGAUCUUGGGGAGUAUAAUCAAUGGUUUCGCUCUGCCGCUGAAAGCGGAGCAUAAACAGUUUCUGGUCAAAGUGUUGAUCCCCCUCCACACUGUCAGGAGUCUGUCCCUCUUCCACGCACAGUUGGCGUAUUGCAUUGUACAGUUCCUAGAGAAAGACCCAACAUUAACAGAACCAGUCAUCAGAGGCUUACUGAAGUUCUGGCCAAAAACCUGCAGUCAAAAAGAGGUGAUGUUUCUGGGGGAGCUGGAGGAAAUCCUGGACGUCAUCGAACCAACACAGUUCGUCAAGAUCCAGGAGCCGCUCUUCAAACAGAUCUCCAGAUGCGUCUCCAGCCCACACUUUCAGGUUGCAGAGCGAGCUCUGUACUACUGGAACAACGAGUACAUCAUGAGUCUGAUCGAGGAGAACUCCAGCGUCAUCCUGCCCAUCAUGUUCUCCAGCCUCUACAGGAUCUCCAAAGAGCACUGGAACCCGGCGAUCGUGGCACUGGUGUACAACGUACUGAAGGCCUUCAUGGAGAUGAACAGUACCUUAUUUGAUGAACUCACAGCCACUUACAAGUCGGACCGCCAGCGCGAGAAGAAGAAGGAGAAGGAGCGGGAGGAGCUCUGGAAGAAGCUGGAGGACUUGGAGCUGAAGCGGGGCCUUAGGAGCGACGGGAUUAUCCCAACUUAACGAAGACAGCGCCGUGCUCCCCUCUUCGCCCUUCCCACUCCUCUCCCCCUGUGACUCCCCCUCUCCUCCAUCCUUACCCCCGACUCCUCCCCCCUCCACAUCAGCCAUGUCUGGCCAGAGCUCUGAGAAACCCCAGAUACAGGCCAUUGUCUCUGGAUCGUCAUGGAGCGCCCGCUGGUUUCUUAAUUGUCUUUUUUCUUUUAUCUUUUUUUUUUGCUCCUUUUUUGUUUUGUUUUUUUUCUUUCUCCUGUGUUUGUGCGACUUACUUUACAGUAGAUUCAUCACGUCUGUUUUCAUUAUUUCAACAGCACUGUAAAUAAUUCUUCUUUUUUU